CGUACCACAAUGAUGGUUCUUCGACAUAAGUCAAAGUAAGAACAAUAAAAGUCUGCCGAGAUAGGAAUCAUCAUCAAAUUUGUCCUAAUAACUCGUUUGUAUAGCUUCAGACUAUCUCCACUGAUGCUGAUCAUAUCGGUCAAAUACAUUGCCGUAACUUGCCUGUUAUUGACUAUAAGAUUUAAAUUAAACUCUUAUUUACUUAUAAUAUAAAGGUGAAGUAAUUUCACAGUUUCAACGAAAAUAACACUCAUGGGGCCAUCCAAUGCUGAAGAAAUCCUCGUACCUAAAGAAUCGAAAGAGAUUCUCGUUUUUACGUAGAAUAGGAAAACGACAGAGAAUUAUUUUGAGUGAUUAAAUAACUUUUUUCUAUCAACGAAAUAUGUAUGUAAUUUUAUACUAUUAAUGCUGUACUGUUUGUAACAAAACAUCAUCGUAACCACGUUAAAAGCAAAGCUUUGAGCACGGGCUUGUUCCAAAAUGUAUCGUUACCGUAUUUACGAGUGAUUUUUCGAUAAAAAUUUUCUAAGUGUACCAUGCAAUCAUUAUUUUUAGAACAACGAGAAUCAAUAUAAGAUAUUUAAGGAAACAAAUGUGUUUAAUGUUUCGAAAUAAAAGAGAAAAGGAAUUGAAAUAGUAGGACCAAUCAUGAAUUGAAAUACAAAUACAAAGUAAAAUGCAAUGUAAAAUAGAUAUAUUUGUAUGCCUAAUAGUCGCUCUAAGACAUUCAAUCACCAUAAUUAUAAGCUAAUAGAACACAACGCUAGAUAACAAUGUAUUUAGCGCGAAGCACAAUACUGAAGAAUAUAAUAUGAUAACUGUAUUUUCAACCGUGUUAGCGCCGAAUUCCGCGUCGGUAAAACAGCCCACGUUUUAUCGCAAAUUAGGCCAAACAGACUUCAGUUAUUGCAUUCAACUAACGCCGAAGCAGCGUACGGGAAAAAAGCAAGUUUAAAUACCCGUGUAUGUAUACCGUAGUUCACCAGAGUCCAUAACUGCGAAAAGACCAGUUUUCGUUCUUCACGCAUCUCUAGUACGCAUCUUCGUCCUGAUUGGCGAUAUUCCCAAACGAAGUGGAAAGCGAUUAGCAGAGAGCUCGCUACGUUCCCCCACCAUCUUCCAACCUGCGCGUCACAGUUAUGGAGUCUGGUGAACUGCGGUAUAGGUACCUGUGAGACAAUACUAACAUAAUCAAAAUAUAAGAUUAAAACUUUUUUAUUUUUGGUUCUUUUUUUAUGAAGUUUUUACCAAACUGUUUGUAACAAUCUCAUGAUUAAAAUGAUACAAAACAUAACAUAGUUUUUCCAAGGACGUCAGUAAAAACUGCCAUCUGAAGUAACUUUUUAUUUAUUGAUUUGUGUAAUAUUUGCACUGCUCUCCAUAAUCAUUUUAUUUUACGAAAUAUUCUUAACGAAAUAAAUACAUGAACAAUUUCUUAACAAUUGUAAGAUUCGUGCCUUCGUAAAAACGCAUGCGUAUUAAAACAGCGCCACAUUCGUAGAUAAAUUUUUACCGGUUGAAUUCAAUGGGACACGGAAACAGUGCUGUAUACAUUCGAGCAGUAAUCUUAGCGAUGUUAAUCGCAUGUAAAGUUUUCAUCAAUAUAAUGAGCACAUGUAAAUUAUUACAGCGUCGAUGUUACGAUCUGCUUUCAUACAAAUAUUCGUUACUGGUGAUAUUAAUAGCAUUUACCUGUAUAUUCAUCGGUAUCAUACACUUCGGUGAGAUAUGGAUAACUUGGAGUAAAGGAAAAUACGAGGCUAUAUUUCAUUCUUUCAAUGAUAAUAUAUUAGGGAUUUCUUUUCAACAAAAAUUAUGUCAACAUGUCCCUAUAGAUGUUGUAUAUACAUGGGUGAAUGGUUCAGAUCCUGUGUUUUUAAAGAAUCUUAAGAAACAUGUUCCUAUUAUGGAUGUUAAUACAGCUCCUUCUAGAUUUAAUGAUAAGGAUGAAUUAAGAUAUUCCCUGCGUUCAUUGGAAAUGUAUGCACCAUGGGUUAGACAUGUGUAUAUUGUUACCAAUGGUCAAAUACCUAGUUGGUUAGAUAUGGAUAAUCCUAGACUUACUCUUGUUACUCAUGAAGACAUAUUUUUAAAUAAAAGUGAUCUUCCUACAUUUUCUAGUCCUGCUAUUGAAAAUCACAUUCAUAGAAUUCCUGGGAUAUCAGAUAAGUUUUUAUAUUUUAAUGAUGAUGUAAUGUUAGGAGCUGAAGUAUGGCCAGAAGAUUUCAUUACUCAAGUAGGUGGCCAAAAAGUAUACCUUGCAUGGUGGGUUCCUGAUUGUUCUGAUGUUUGUCCUUGGGCCUGGGUGGGUGAUGGAUCGUGUGAUCCAGCUUGUAAUACAACAUUAUGCGAAUUUGAUGGGGGAGAUUGUGAUAGCACAACAGUUCCUACUGACAGUGAAGCUCUUGAGGAAGAAGGAGACUACCCGCAUAAGUUUCUACAAGAUAUUCAAGAAAAUACUAAUUAUGGAUUAAAAUUUCUGAACAUAUUAGGAAACAGAAGUAUACAUUCUGGAUGGAAUGAUACAGAAACGUUUACCCACCAAACAUUGGCGGAAGCGAAGGGUUUAAAGCUCAAUGUAAAUAAAUCUUAUAGCUUUAGAAACAAUAAGGCUAUGAAUGGCAUUGAAAUAAACUUCAAUGAUCACUUGAAUGAAACUAUAUCCACUCAAAAAUCGUUAUUAUCGAAAGUGAUAAAUAAAAUUAAAUUUCCAAGUUCUAACAUCGACAAGCGUAUACAUAUGAAACAUUAUUUAAACGAUAAUGAUUUGAUUUUAACAGAAAUGAAUAGUACCGCAAGAACAAAUAAUAAACCUAAGUAUUCCGAUCACUGGAAACAUAAAAGACAACUCGAUACUUACGCUGAAUCUUUGCUCUAUGUAAAUAGAAUAUAUAACAUAGCAUACGGAUUUGAGCGUAGAAAAGUACCGGCUCACAUGCCCCAUUUAAUAGAUAAAUGGAUCGUCACUGAUAUGCAAAAGAAAUUCGAACAUGAAUUUAAGAAAACGUCUAGUCAUAAAGUUAGGAAUUCCGAAGACAUGCAAUUCGCUUUCUCAUAUUUCUAUUUCCUGACCAGUGAAAAACGGAGGAUUCCAAUUGAAGAAAUUUUUGAUAAAUUUGAUACUGAUAAAUCAGGGACUUGGUCGGAUAGGGAAAUCAGAACACUUUUAUCUAGGCUGUAUCCACUACCUCUUGAUUAUAGUUUAGUUGUAGAAUUUGAAAACACAAUAACAAAUUGUUCAAAUCAUUUAAGCAUUACAGAAAUAUCAAAUCCACCACCAGGAGAAAGAUAUUUAGAUUCAUCUCUUCCAAUUGUAUCCAAGGAAUUGAUAGCGAACUGUGAACCAAUAUCGAGAAAAAUUGAAGCCAGAUUUGGCGAAGGAAAGCUUUAUCCGCAUGAAAUCAUUAAAGCUGGCAAGAAUGAAAUAUUUGAAAUGUUGACCAGCAAUGUAUCUCUGACAGUACAACUGUUAGAUGAGAUACGUAGAGAUCCAAAAAAAUUCAUAUGUUUGAACGAUGACAUGGAUCCUCUUCGACGUUCUGAGAACGAAAUCGUUCGAGCGUUGUUAAAUGACUUUUAUCGCUCUCUUUAUCCAUUGCGUAGCACUUUUGAAUUGCCUUUACAAUAUAGAAAUCUUUUCGCUCAUCGACGUGAACUUUUUGAGUGGAGGGCUAACAGGGCGAAAGCUAGAAAUUUAUUGUUGUGUCUUAUCGUUUUGCUGCUUGUUACUACUCUUUAUCACUUGUUUUACCAUCAGAUACGACGAUUGUUCAGAGUACGAGCAUUGCCCACUCUUCUCGUUUAAGUUCUCAAACCUGAAUAUAAAUGAUCUGUUGAAUGCAUCAGUAACUUCCGUGACAGGGAAAUUGUCUUCUAAAGGAUUUUAUAAAUACCGGUAUGUAUAUAAGAAAAUUUAUAUAUAGACGAUGUUUUUAGAAAUUUAUACCAUCUCAACAAAUGAUAUUGUUUGUUACAUAUUUUAUAUAUGUAAAUUCGUGAUUAUUUUUCGUAUAUUAUUUAUUGAAAUUGAACAAACUAUUAUAAUGAAAAUUAAGUAAAACGUUCCUGUGAUAUUAAUAAACUACUGAUUAUCUUUCGUUCUCACGAGUAUAGAAUGUAAACAAAUUUUUCUACGAAAAGACUGUAUAAUAAGAUAUAUAGUAAGAUCUAUAAAUUGUCAAGUAAGUUGAACGAUGAAUCUUUGUUACAAUCUUC